AUACAUAUGUAGAAAAUUAUCAUGCGAAUUUUUUUUACUAGGUAUUUAAAUUUUCGCGCUUGGUACAACAGAACAUAAAUAAAUAUGUUAUCAAAAUUUGCAUUUGCUACCGUAGAACCUAAAACAACGUACAGGUAGAUGGCACAUAAAUAACUGAAAACCAGGCAAAAAAAGUUGUAACUUGUGAAUGGGAACGAAAACGAAAUAAUUGUGCUGAAGUAGAAAAUGUCACAUUGUGAGGAGAAACAUUGUACCUGUACUGGAACUAUAGCUACACAGUCUCUGGAUGAACUGGAAUUUGAAAGGGGAAUAUGGUAUGCUGCCCAAUACGGAGACUUGGAAAGAGUUAAAAAGCUUUUGAGUGGCUUUGGAUCGGAUCCCAACAAACGUGAUGCUGCAGGAUACACAGGGUUACAUUACGCGGCAAGGAAUGGUCAUUUAGAUGUAUGUAAGAUCCUGAUAGAGAAAGGCGCUGACGUUAAUUCAGUCACUAGAGUUGGAAAGGCAACAGCUCUAUGUAGGGCAUCUUCGGCAGGAAAGAAAGAUAUUGUGGAAUACUUGCUAAAUAAAAAAGCGGAUCCGUUUAUCCAAGACUCUGAUGGAAAAACCGCUCUACACCGGGCAACUGAAAAUAAGCAUUUCCCAAUUUGUCAAAUUUUGAUAAAUACAGCACCAUCUCUUAAAGAAGUUGAAGACAACAAAGGACAUCGAGCUGAUUUAACAAAGAUUAAUUAGACAUAUUAAGUAUUAUUGUUACAGUAAUCCUAAUUUUAUCAUAUCUAAAUUAUUUGCACGUGAAAUAGAUAUGUUCAACGCA